CGCGAGGAUAGUCGUGACAGCGGAUCGUGAGGAGCGGAGGGGUCGGCGGUGAUGAGGCGGCCGCGCGGUGAUCCGGGCACACAGCACGAUGCUGAGCCGUCUGCAGGAGCUGAAGAAGGAGGAGGAGACUCUGCUGAAGAUCAAGGCGGCCCUGAAUGACCAGCUCAACAGGUUGAAGGUGGAGGAGCUGACUCUUCAGUCUAUAAUCAGCGCUGGAGAAGGUCAGGAUCUCCAUGAAGAGCAACCUCAAGUGGAUCCUAAGAAUGUGGAUGAUGAAAGUGUGAUCAAUCAGACUCAGCUGCAGCUGGACACAAUGGGUUAUAACGAUGAGGAGAUGGAGGAGGAGGAGGAAGACUCGGACACCUAGCGCACCACAGGAGGCCGAUACAAGGGUGCAGUGUCCUCCCCCCACCAUGUUCAU